ACGUGUUUAAUUAGUGUUUAAUCAGUGAUGCGAAAUUGAUUAGGGAAAGAUUAAAUUUGAGUAUCAUUGCGAAGAAUUUUGCAGCAAUAAAUACAGAGUUGUGAUAAGAUUAAAAUCAGAUUUAGGCUUUCUUGUGAUUUUAUCAGUACACGGAUAUGUCUAUUAGGGAAAGCCAGUACAGAGAAGUCUGAGAAGUCAGGAAGCAAAGGGCAAUAAGGUGAUAAAGUGGCUGAGGAAGGUGAGGAGCAUCAGGUUGAACAUUGGAAUAACAAAUACAACAUGAAGAAAUUAAGCACGUAUUUUUUUACGCUCACUGGUUCCUGACUUUUCGGACACGUUCUUAUCAAAUAAAAGAUUGACAUGCCUACAAAUACAAACAAAUGUAAGAAGAAAUAAUAAUAAUAAUAAUGUGGAAAUAGAGGGUUGCUAGCUACUCCAUCAGUCUGUAUUGUUAGUAUGUAGAAACUUGUAUUUAUACAAAUGUAUGAUUACUGUGAGGCUACAUUUGUUUUGUGUGCGUUUGUGUACUAUGUGCACAAUGAGCACUUUCGCCCCUGACCGCCAGAGGGCACAUAUCAGGCUUUUCCGCUUCUCCACUCCGAUCAAUCAAAGCAAUAGAAAACCAGGAGCGAGCUUUAGUGCUGGUGGAGGAAAGAGAGAGAAAACAAAAAAACAAAACAAACAAACAAACUCAACACGGGCUUUCCGAACGACUUUGAACUCGUAUAAGUCGUGUAUAUUUGUGAUUAAGUGGUAAGACAGAGGAGAUGGAAGAGCAGAGGAGGACUGGGGUUUGGGGGUAGUUCGGCUUUUGCGCGUUGGAAGGUUUCCUGGCAACUCCCGGGGAAGAAAGGAAGAAAGAAAAGGAAAAGUCGGGUGUUGUUGUUGUUUUUUUCCAGGAAGAGAAGAAAAAGCAGCCCUGGGUGUUGGAGGGGCACUGAUGCCCACCGUGUCCUCUCUCUCCCCGGCUCUCUGCCAUGGGGGAAACUAAAGUGAUCUACCAUCUGGACGAACAGGAGACUCCUUACCUGGUGAAGAUCUCCGUCCCCGCUCACUUGGUCACCCUCUCCGACCUGAAAAAUGCCCUCAAAAAACCCAACUACAAGUUUUUCUUCAAGUCCAUGGACGACGACUUUGGGGUGGUCAAGGAGGAAAUCACGGAUGACAACGCCAAACUGCCCUGUUACAACGGCCGUGUGGUGUGCUGGUUGGUGUCCGCUGAUGGUUCGCACUCGGACGGCUGCUCAGUGGCAGAGAGUCAGUCGGAGCGUCUGCCGUCAGGGGAGAGAUCUCAGGGCAUUGGUGACUCCAGACCGCCAUCGUUUCAUCCUAAAGCUGCAGGCAGCCGACACGGUGUGGACGAUGAGACAGAGACAGAUUCAGUGGUUUCUCACAGGAGGGAAAGAGACAGGCCACGCCGGAAACACUCGCAUGAUCAUUCAGGUGCGAGGAUGAACGGUUACUCCCGUGUGGGCAGAGGGAUGGAGCUCGGAGGCUACGACGUCUGUGACAGUCGCUCUUCCCUCAUGAGCAGUGAGCUAGAGUCCAGCAGCUGCUUCGACUCUGAUGACGACGGAUCCACCAGCCGUUUCAGCAGCGUGACUGAACAGAGUGGCUCAUCACGCAUGAUGAGACGACACCGGCGCCGGAGACGGAAACCUAAACCCCAUCACAUGGAGAGGUCGUCGUCUUUCAGCAGCAUCACCGACUCCACCAUGUCCCUGAAUAUCAUCACAGUCACGUUAAACAUGGAAAAGUAUAACUUCCUGGGCAUCAGCAUCGUGGGCCAGAGUAACGAGCGAGGUGACGGUGGCAUCUACAUCGGCUCCAUCAUGAAGGGCGGAGCUGUAGCAGCUGACGGUCGGAUCGAGCCCGGUGACAUGCUGCUGCAGGUAAACGAUAUAAACUUUGAGAACAUGUGCAAUGACGAUGCGGUGAGGGUCCUGAGGGACAUCGUGCAUAAACCUGGACCUGUCUCUCUGACAGUGGCCAAGUGCUGGGAUCCAAACCCUAACAACUGCUUCACUCCCAGGAGCGAGCCCAUUCGUCCGAUCGACCCUGCAGCCUGGGUGUCUCACACGGCGGCCAUGACUGGGAUCUACCCUCCCUAUGGCAUGAGCCCCUCUAUGAGCACAGUGACCUCCACCAGCUCCUCCAUCUCCAGCUCCAUCCCCGAGACAGAGCGGUUUGAUGACUACCACCUGUCAGUCCAUAGCGACAUGGCAACUGUUGCCAAGGCGAUGGCCUGUCCUGACUCGGGGUUAGAGGUUCGAGACAGGAUGUGGCUGAAGAUCACUAUAGCCAACGCCUUCAUCGGUUCAGAUGUGGUCGACUGGCUCUUCCAUCACGUUGAGGGUUUUGCAGACAGAAGGGAAGCUCGGAAAUACGCCAGUAACCUUCUGAAGGCCGGCUUCAUCCGCCAUACCGUCAACAAGAUCACCUUCUCUGAGCAGUGCUACUACGUGUUCGGGGAUUUAUCCGGCAAUAUGGCGCACUUGUCCCUGCAGGAGCACGACGGUUCAAGCGGAGCGUCCGAUCAGGACACGCUCGCUCCUCUGCUCCACCCGGCCGAGGCUCCGUGGCCCAGUUUCCCCUAUCAGUACCCGCCCUCUCUGCACGACGCACCUCACCAUCACGCCGAGCCGGGCGGAGGGAGCGCCGGGAGCCAUCACAGCGAGGGAAGCAGCAGUUCGAACUGCAGCUGGAGCAGGACUGAGGGAAAGACGACGACAGCAGUGGCAGCGGUGUUGGGGAUGAAUGACGUAGCUGAUGCCCCGGAGUUCGACUUGCGUAGGGAGCGAGCGCCGAGCGAGGGAAGCAUCCGCAGCUCACGCUCUCAUUCACACACUCACUCCUACAGCGGCGUGUCUGGGCCACGUCACCUCGUCCAUGUGCCCCCUGAACUCUCGGGCUCGCGCCGCUCCUGCCUCACCACCAACGGAGAGCUGUUCGUCGACAUCAUGUGACCACGCCUGGAUUGCAAACUACAUUAAGACCAUGUUUUCGUUGUUUUUUUUGUUUCUUUGUUUUUUAAGACUUUCAUUUAAAAUAACAGUAGAGUAUCAACUGUAACACGUAGCCCUAAAACGUGAAAACUAUGAUCAUUUUUUACAAAUUAAAAUGAAUGGAGAUAACAGUAGAAUACCAAACCCAUCUUUUUUUAAAGACAUAGGGAGUAGGCACGUGCCGAUAAUCGCUUGUACGAUAUAUCAUGAUGCUGAAAUUUCUAAAUAUCGCCACUCUUUUGUGUUUUAUGCGAGUGCCUAAAUAUGCAGGGUUUCCAGAUGUCUUGAGAAAUUUCAGUCCAUGUGAGCGGUAUUAUUUGAGCAAAACAGAGUAAAGGAAUACAACAGACCUUUAAUGUGUAUUGUUAAUUUUUUAAUCAGAUUUAGAGAUGUGAUUUGGCUGCGAUGGUUAAAUAAAUGUCCUCUAAUUA